AAUUGCGAUACCAUAAUGGCCGCUGCCUUUGGGGUUCAUUUCGGCUCAACUUCAGCCUGUUUAGCCGUGUAUAAGGAUGGAAAAACAGACGUGGUUGCUAAUGAAGCAGGAGACCGAGUGACACCUGCAAUAGUAGCAUUUACUGACCAUGACAAAGCGGUUGGCUUGGCUGCUAAGCAAGGUAUCAUAAGAAAUGCACAGAAUACUGUAUGCAAUGUGAAGCAAACUUUGGGCAGAGAAUUCACAGAUCCUGCUGUUCAACAAAUAACAGCAAGCUCUCCUGUAAAGAUUGUUGAAAAAGAUGGAAAACCAGCAUAUGAAGUGGAGUUUCAAGAAAAAAGGGCAACUUUUACUCCAGUUCAAAUAGCAGAACUGGUCUACAAGAAUAUGAGAGAAAUAGCUCAGAGUCAUGGAGAUGGAGAGAUACACGACACAGUGGUGACUUGCCCUGUCGAUUACAAUCCACAGCAGAGGAACGCACUAAGUCAGUCCGCUGAGGCGGCAGGUUUUCAUGUAUUACGAGUGAUAAAUGAGCCAACUGCCGCGGCACUGGCUUACGACCUCGGACAGAAAGACAUCCAUGAAUAUUGCAAUGUAUUAGUCUACAGACUUGGGGGCACAUCAUGUGACUGCACUGUAAUAAGUGUGAACUGUGGUAUGUACAGGAUACUGGCAAACAUCUCCAGACCAGAUAUAGGGGGCAGCAGCUUCACCGAUGUUCUAGCAGAGCAUUUUGCUGGGGAAUUCAAAAGACAGUGGAAGUCAGAUGUGCAUGAAAACAAGCGUGCUGUAGCCAAGUUAAAGAACGCCGCGGAGAACUGUAAACACGUUUUGUCGACCAUGCCGACAGCACAGUGCUCCGUGGAGUCUCUUCAUGAAGGGAUUGAUUUUCAGUCAAGUGUCUCCAGAGCGAGGUUUGAAAGUCUUGUGUCUAGUCUUCUCCAGCAAUGUCUGCAGCCAGUAGAGCAGGUACUGACAGAGGCCCAACUCACCAAAGAGAACAUACACAAAGUCAUCGUGUGCGGAGGAACCACCAAGAUUCCUGCGCUACAACGUUCCUUAAAAGAUUACUUUAACGAGGCUGAGUUUCUAAACAGUAUAGUGCCUGAUGAAGUGGUGGCACUGGGGGCUGCCAAACAGGCAGCCAUAUUAACUGGGAAUGAGGAAGAAUCAAAAUUACAUGAACAGGAAAAUGAAGUGGAAUGUCUGUCUAAACAGAUUCUCAUCAAGGUGUUGCCUAGCAACAGUGACCAAGACAAGCUUCAGGUGCUAUUUCCAGCCUUCACUCCUAUCCCAGUGAGGCGACAACACGUAUUUGACCUCUCUCAAGAGCAGACGACAUUUUGUGUGGAAAUCUUUGAAGCAGAUGACAGUAUAAACGAUAGAGUAUUGCUAGGCAGGGUGGUAAUGCAGGAGGUGCCUGAGAAUGGUCAGAUAACAGCUGUCUUCCACAUCAGGAGGGAAGGUUCGCUCCAUGUGACGUGUACAGAGAAGACGUCGGGAAAACUAGAGGAUGUUCUAAUAGAAGCACAGUGAUGAACUUUCCUUCAAUAUUGAAAGAUACUACAGCUUAACAAUAAAUUUCUUCUAAAAUAUAGUCAGAAUGAGAUAUAAAAAAUACAGUGCAGAUAGACACGUUUACUUCUUAUGAAAACUCUUUACUUCUGCUAAAAACUGUUACAGACAAAAAAAUAUUAAAUAUUGUGAAGAAAUCGUUUUGUAUACAAGUGUCUGGUCAAUGCCCUGGAAUAUGGACAUGAAAUGUGCUGAAAAAAUUAGAAAGGCUGGCAAUAGAUGUGGGGAAGAGUUAGGAGUUGUAAACCACGAAGCGACCCAAGUUGAAUAAGUGCUAUUGC